GGAUGGCUGAGUCGGGCCGGUCUCGUCGUCACGACAACGCGAACCUAACACACGCCUUUUAAUGGUACAAAAGAAAUGUCGACCCUCGAUGUUUUUACGUGCCCAGUAGUUUACAAAUACAAAACAAGAUUAUUUUCUUGUAGUGUUUUUCUCGUAAUUAUUCUAAUCAUUGCUACAAUAAUUUGCCCGUUAAUUAUCGUUUAUCAGACAGGAGGUUUUUGGCUUCGAAAUCGAAUUCACGUCGAAACUCCUCUAGUCAAUUUUGCACACAAAUAUUUUCUUGUUGGUGACAAAGAUUUUCGUGCCAAUCCCAUUGUUUGCUCGACUUUUUUGAAUUAUAAAGAAAAUCCUAUAAACGAUGACUGUACAAUCGUUAAAGUGCAUGAAAUUGAUGCUAACAAGGAUAGGAGGACCGAUGUUCUCAAGUUUGAGGCACAAUUCUAUAGUGAACAACCAUUGAGAACUCUAAGGCUUCUAUUAUUCUUCCAUAUCGAAUUACAGGAAUUAAUAGAGGCGUUAAUUGGAACAAUAGCAGUCUUUGAUUACACUCUGGACGAUAAUGUACAGAAGGUCCAUUUUAUCAGUGAUUUGAGAUUACAUCAGAAAAGUCUUUUGCGGAUCGACAGUUUUCCUGAAGUCUAUAAUUCUAGUAUUGAUUUCGAAGACAAAACACUGGUUGAUGUAUUGUCAGAAAAUGCAAGAAAAAAAUUAUCCGCGCAACUCAUGAAUACUCGAGUGACACAAGAAACAGGAUUCUCUAGCGAUGAGCCAAUUAUUGUUUCGGGAGAAAUCCUUUAUUCUGAAGAAUUGAUACAUUAUCAGCCCGGGUUGUGGGAAGAACUGAAAUGGGCAUGGAUUCAAUAUUUGUCUAUUUUUCUUAUCUUUGCAUAUCUCAGCACAAAAUUGUUGCAAUUUUUGUUUAGUAAUAGACAUCUCAAGAGCUACAUCAUUGUACCUUGGAAAAUUGAAUAAAGUACUUUUCAAAAAA